AUGGUUCAGAAAUAAGUGCAUCCAAAAAGAAGAAAAAUUCAGUUGCUUUCCAACCGUUUGAACUUCGCAUAAGAACUCCAGACACGAGAAACCUUUUUUUUCUCGAGAAAAUUUAGAAAAAAAGUAUUUCAACAUUUUCUCAGAAAAUUUUGCCACCAGCGAAAAUCGUCUCACCAUGAAAGCACUCAAUACAUCGUGGUUGUGUUUGUUAAUUCUGUUACUCUUCAUUCGAUUGGGAGCUUCCGAUGGACAUCGCAAGACGAACGAGGCAUACGCUACUCUGUUGUAUGGUGACAAAUUUUCGCUUGGCGUUCGAGUUCUCGGGAAAUCGAUUCGUGACACUGGAUCCAAGAAGGACAUGGUUGUUUUGGUCUCCGAUGGAGUCUCUGAUUAUGCUUGCAACCUCCUCCAGGCUGAUGGGUGGAUAGUUGAGAAGAUUAGUUUACUAUCAAAUCCAAAUAAAAUACGUCCAUCGAGAUUUUGGGGUGUAUAUACGAAGCUAAAAAUAUUUAACAUGACUGACUACAAGAAAGUUGUAUAUCUUGAUGCGGACACAAUUGUGGUUAAAAAUAUUGAAGAACUUUUCAAAUGUGCAAGAUUUUGUGGUAAUUUGAAGCAUUCUGAGAGGAUGAAUUCAGGUGUCAUGGUGGUAGAACCGUCUAUCUCACUUUUUAAUGACAUGAUGAACAAAGUGAAUACUCUGCCAUCUUAUACUGGAGGAGAUCAGGGAUUUCUCAAUUCGUAUUACUUGGAAUUUCCUAAUGCACAUGUUUUUGAGCCAAAUAUGCCUUCAGAGUCAUUAAAUAAUAGAAAAGUUCCUGAAAUGGAGCGACUUUCCACUGUUUAUAAUGCAGACGUAGGUCUUUACAUGUUGGCUAAUAAGUGGAUGGUAGAUGAGAAUGAACUCCGGGUGAUUCACUAUACGCUCGGCCCUAUCAAGCCUUGGGAUUGGUGGGCAUCUUGGCUUGUGAAACCUGUUGAUGUGUGGCAGAACAUAAGGGAAAAGCUUGAGGAAUCCCUUCCCGGAACUAGAGGGGGCCAAAAUCCUAAAGAUAGUCUUAUUGUGAAGUUUCUUUUUCUAUUUCCAAUAUGUGUUGUACUCUUUUGCUGCUAUCAUUCAUAUCAGAAGAAUCCAUGUUGCUUUGGUUCCUUUUGUAGAACUUCACUAUUUGAUCAUGUCAGACACCAUUAUCAUAAAAUAAAAUCAGGUGGAUCAGUUGCAUAUAUUAGCAUUUCUACUUCAACCAUCAGUUCCACCCAUGAGUACAAAGUUCCUGCUUACUUGGGUGGCGUUUCAGUCUGUGUCUGCUUUAUGGCUACAGUGGUGUCUCUUGGACUAGCUUUCUUAUUAGUACCUCGACAAGUGACUCCAUGGACUGGUUUGCUUUUGAUGUACGAAUGGACAUUCACAAUCUUCAUUAUAUUAUUUGGAGGUUAUCUCCAUUUGAUUUCUAACUGGGGAAAGACCAUGGCAUCACGACUACCUUCUUCGUCAUCUCAUGCUGAAGUUUCUGAUGGUGAUUUGGGAAAAGGCAAUCAGCGACAUAUGUCAUCGUGUGACGGUGCCACAUGGUUCUAUGGAUUAGGGAUGACCAUCUUGGCUAUUGCUGGUCCAUCCAUGCCUUUUCUUUUUGGGGUAACUGCUUUAUUUUUAAGGUUAGGUUUGAUUGUUGUCGGGGUAAUAAUAUUAGCAUCUUUCAUGACAUACGCUUCCGAACAUCUUGCUAUUAGAUCAUUUUUGAAGGGCAUUGAAGAAUAUGAUAUUGCAAAAGAUGUGCAUCCUUGAUCUGUAUUAUAAGGACUAGUGAAAUUGCCGUAGACAAUCGUUACUUUUGUUUGGAUUCGGGACUGGCUAUGCAAAGAUUCGCGACAAAGUGCGAUAUUUAGCCGUAGAAAACACCAAGAUAAAAUUCAAGUCAUUUUUGGCAAAGUCCCAUGACAAUUGGUUCAUGUAACUUAAUUAUGCUCAAGCUUGGUGGAUGUUUAGAUUUUGUUGUAAAGUACACGUAGUGUUUACUCUA